AUGAGGGCCUCUUCCGCUGAGGCCAUGCUUCUGGCUUUGGCCUUUCUAAGUUCGACUGUCGCAUUCUCGCCAGCAGAUGGCGUGAAAAGAAAAUCAGAGGGUAGUAGAGCCUUGGAGGUUGUCCAGGCUCAAGUUCCCCCCCGCAAGAACUACGAUAAUCCCAGCUGCACUCAGACUAUUUUCAGCCACGUCUUUGCGAAUAGCUAUGGCGUGCCUUACGUCGGCACGUACACCCCGCCCAAAGACUGCGAGUUUACCACCACUAUCUUUAAUAUCUCCAUAACAUCAUCUGGUCGACAAUAUGACCGCCUUGCUCUGCUUUUCUUUGGAGAUACCGAAAUAUGGCGAACCUCCACUGCGAUGCCUGGUGGCUAUGACAUUUACUGGAACUACCAGAAAGACAUGACUAUCUUCGACACUCUGAUUCGGCGCGAGCAGAAGAUAAUCUUUGAUCUCGACAAUGUCUACUCAGAAUUAUACACAGGUGCAUUCAACGUGACAUUAGAAGUCCUGUAUUUCAAUGACCGUUACAUCGACCUGGACCCGGCCCAUCUGGUGUAUCCCAUAACAAAUUUGGCUUCCUCGCAGAACAUUUCAUCAGUCAUGUCCCUUCCUGAAGACAAUGGCACCGUGUCCAUCACCUUUCCUCGAAACGCCAAAAGCGCCGUCGUGUCUAUACUUGCCUCGGGAAAUGGCGCUGAGGAGUUUUGGUACACCAAUGUCCCAUCUGAAUACAUCGAUACAUUCCCGAGUAAUCCAGGGUGGCUUUAUGGAUUUAGUCCCUUCCGCGAGAUUGAAUUGCUUAUUGAUGGGAAUCUUGCUGGUGUCUCGUGGCCAUUUCCCGUUCUCUUCACCGGUGGUGUUGAUCCGGGUCUGUGGAGACCCAUCGCAGGCAUCGAUGCAUACGACUCGCCAUCUUUUGAAGUAGACGUUACUCCUUGGCUCCCAUUGCUCUGUGAUGGCCAUGCCCAUACAUUCGGUCUCAAAGUUGUUGGGUAUGAUAGCUCUAUUAAAGGUCACGUCGGCACAAUUGGAGAGAAUUGGUACGUCACUGGGUCCGUGUUUGUCUGGCUUGACAAGAAAGGAAAACAAACCACGGGAAGCAUGAUUGAGAGUCAUGUUUCUGACCCGUUGUUCUCAUUUUCCCCUAGACUGACUACGACGACGAUAAACGGAACAACCACAAACUCGUCAUUCUACUUCUCUCUUACAGCGAGCCGGAAACUCUCAAUUUCUUCCACCGUCCACACAUCCACAGGCCCAAGGCUGGCAUCGUGGACACAAGAUCUGUCAUUUUCGAACGUUCAAAACAUGUCCUCAGAGGCUUACAACCAAUCCCUUGCCAUGAUGUCCACCGGAAGCUUUUCCAACUCCUUCUCGGAGGCCACCAAUACCUACCAUUACCCCAUAAAUCUAUUCAGUGCCUACAUUAUUGCCCCGUCGCUCGCUUCACUCUCCUCUGUCUACACUCUGAUUGAUCGGAGCCUGGUUGCAUUUGGAGUCAAUACCUUACCUUAUCUCACCGGGACAUCAACUGGAAUAGAGACUCUGGCGACAAGACAGAAUGCAUCGAGCAUGUACUACUGGAACGAGACUAUUGUCGAAGGGACUGGUGCUGAUACUGGUAUUACGGAGCAGUGGUUUUCGUUCGCUGGAAAGCCGGGCAAUCUGGGACAUGGUGUGAGCGAUUUCUCGCGAACAUUGAAGGAAGUCGACGAUUACAUGGUUGUUGACCACGAAGCCUGGAAGACAAUGUCAGUUCCCGAGACAGAGCCGCUCCCAGUCGUUCAAGGCGAGCCACCUGUUUGA